UCAGCGUUUUGCAGGGGGGGAAACAUAUCAGACGCAAGUUGUAUUUGUUCGAAGUGGAUUGAUUAGCAUUAAAUAACUCCCACCGUGGUCAGCAGAAGUAAACAAAGUUGAAACUGUGAUAGAAAAUAAAACUGCAUUUCCCAGAGUGCAUAUUGAAGGGAAGCCGGAAAAGCUUCCGUUAUACGGAAGAGAUAAAUGAAUUAGAUUUUAAGGGCAGGGGAGAACGAUACAGUAGAAACAACUUUAAUUAAAUAAUUAGGAUUAGUUGUAACCGUACGUGAUGUCUGUUAAAGAUAGGGACCCUUCUGGAAACGAAUUAUUGCGUUUGAUUUAUCAGCAUCUUAAUGAAAAUGGGUACCAGAAAGCAGCUAAAGAACUCAAACUGCACGUUGGGCAGAAGGCUGUACCUACGCAGGAGGCUUCCCUGCAAGACAUCUACUCUUACUGGGCAAAAGCCCCGGAACAUUUGAGGAAGAGAAAGUUAAACCAGGUUAAUAGUGUUUCUCCGCGCAAGAAGCCUCGCCUAUCCGAUCCUGCCAGCAGCAGUGAGUGCUCUGACCAGGAGGAUGCAAGCAAAACUCAGGCAAAGGACAGUAAAGCAGUAGGGAAGUCUCCAGGCCCUGCUGUCUUGGAAAAGAUACUUCAGAGCAGCAGCGAUGAAGACUCGGACUCAGACUCUUCAGAGGAAGAACCAGGGAAAAAAGCUGCCCCGAAAUCCUUCAUCAAGUCAAAGGCAAAUCAAGUGUCUGGACUAACUGGGAAGCAAGUUGAUGCAAAGGCUGCCCCGGGAAAAGUUUCUUCUUUAGCCCCAGGGAGAUCCACCAAGCCAGCUCCAAGCCAGGCCACGGCCACGCCAAAGACUGCUGCAGUGGGGAAGAAGAAGGGACAGGAGAGCUCCGAGAGCGACAGCAGUGAGUCUUCAGAGAGUGAGGAGGAGCAGCCACCUGCACAGGCAGCAGUCAUGGUGCCAAUAGCAAAUUCACUGGCAGGAACACCAGCGAAGCAAGUCAAUAAAAUACAUAUUUUGGGGAAGGCUUCUUCUCCAGCCCCAGGCAAAUCCCCCAAGCCAGCUUCAAACCAGGUCAAAGCCAGCCCAAAGACAGUUGCAGCGGGGAAGAAGGAGAGUUCAGAGAGUGACAGCAGUGGCUCUUCAGAGAGUGAGGAGGAGGAGGAGAAGCCCUGUGCUGUCAAAACUCCCCUGAAGCCAGCUCUCAAGAUUAUUGCAGCGACUCCAGAAUCUCAUGUAAAACAAAGGGGAUCUGCUGCUGCAUCCAAACCUGCGGCUUUUGAGUCCGACAGCGACAGUGAUGACUCCAGUGAGGAGGAGGAGGAAACCCCAAAGAAACCUCUUCAGAAAGCAUCUGUUGUAAAGGCAACCACCCCUGUUUCUAAAACUCCUUUGAAAACACUCGCCAAGGGCACUCCUGCAAAGCCAGGGGCAGCAAAGCCAACCCCAGGGAAGGUUUCAGCUCUGGCCCAGCCUGCAAAGACCACACCCAGCCAGGCCAAAGUAACCCCCAAGGCAGGGAUUGGAAAGGAAGAGGAUGAGAGCAGCGAUUCAUCAGAGAGCGAGGAGGAGGAGCGCACGCCAGUCACACCAGUAGUAAAGCUUCAGCAGAAACCUGAAGCUACCCCGAAGCAGUUAGCUGUGCCCACGGUUUCCAAGACAAAGGCUUGUGAGAGUGAGAGCACUGAGGAUUCCAGCGACGAAGACCCAGCACAGACCCUUCAAGCACUGGUUGCCAAAGUACUGCAGCAGAAUAAGUGUUCAGUGAACCCAUCCCCCCUGAAACCCGGCACAGUGACGCCUGCAUGGAGCAGGAACAAGACUCCCGUGAGGCCAGCGGAGACUCCAGCAGGGGAGUACAGCUCUGAGAGCGACAGCAGUGACACGGAUCUGGAGAAGUGCAGAGAGCCGGCUCGCACGCCUACAGUGAAAACUCCUGCAAACACCAAUCAGAAAAAGGAGAAGGUAACCCCUGCAUGGAAGAGCCAACCACAGGAGGAGGACAGUGACUCAGACAGUGACUCUUCUGAGGAAGAAGCCGCGACAAAGCCAACUUUAACUGUAAACCCAUUGGCACAGAAGACAAGCCAAAAGGGAGCAGAGAAAGGAGCACUGGCAGUGAAAGCUGAGAGGAAAACAAAAGCCAAGGCAGCACCUAGGAGUCCCAAACCUACUGGGGGCAGGACUAAAGAGACUGCCGUGGGGAAGACGAUCCAGCAGCUGCUUUCCAUUGCGGACAGCGAGUCACCAGAGCCCUCUGACAGCGAUGCUGAGGAUGAGGAAGCCACUACGGCCAUCAAAAUCACUGGAGGAAAGACACAAAAAACCACUGGAGGAAAGAAACAAAAAAACACUGGAGGAAAGAGAGCGUCAGGGAUGACCGAAUCGGAGCAGUCUUCAUCUGAGGAGAGGAGAAAACGACCUGCUGGCACUGCUGCUGCAGGGACAAAGAAAGAAAAGAAGAAAGAGAAGAAGUCAAAGCUGGCUACAAAGCCAAGCCCUAUUUCAGUAAAGGGAGAAAAGCGGGAGAAAAAAAAGAAGUCAAUGAAAGACAAGAAGAAGAAAAAAUUUAAGAAUACCCCUUUCCGGCCUGCUCGUGGGUUCAGUUUGGGCACACCCCGCUCGGCUGGUAAUAGCCCCGUACUAACACAGUCUCAGUCAGCAAAGAAAAAAAAGAAGAGUAAAUUGACACUGUCCCAGUAAACCGCAGGUGGAAGUUUGCUUUACGUCAGAUAAGAUGGACUUCAGGUUUGGAAAAAUUUAAUCGCAAUGGAGCUGAAGGGAAAAGAAGCCCCGUCCACAGAUGCUCCUGUAUAUAUAUUUAUAUAUUUUUUGUAUAAAAAAAAAACAACAAAAAAAAAACUUGACAAGAUUCUUUCUAUUUGUUCUAACGUUUUCUGUUCCGGCUUGUGCUUUUUGUAGGUUUCUUACAAGCUUGUGAAGUAAAUGACAAUGUAUAUUUUAAACUCUUUGUUAUAUUUGUGUACAAGGAAAUAAAGGUUUAGCUCCAGUUUAGCAGACAUCA